GUAUUUGUGUUUCUAGUCAAGACACGUGAUGUUAUUACGCAGACUCCCCAUGUAUGCGUAGGGAUUAAUGAAUGCAAAUGUCAGUUCCAAGAUGACAAUACAACUAUAGACAUAACCAGUGUAGGGAAAAAUGAUGGAACGGCAAGAUUUCAGGAUGUGUUGUCUAAAGACGGUUAUCUGUAUUCGUACAACCCGUGUGGACCUUUUACCGAGUUCAGCUGUAUUAACGCUGCAGUGUGUCGGAAAGACCGGAUAACGGGUAAGACGGAGGUGACGGGCUAUGCCGAGAUGCCACAGUUCACAUAUGACGAGCUUACCGGGGAUACAGUUAUAGGUUAUACUGCUGGAGCACUUGGAAAUGUACAUACAUUUGUAUAUUUAAUGUGUGAUGACAAUCCCCGGCCGGGACCACCACAGUUCUAUCCAAAUGGAACUAUAAGUGAAAACUUGUAUGUGUUAAUGUUGUACACGCCAUGCGCAUGCGGGAACAGAUGUGAUGCUAACGGGGUUAUAGGUCAAAAAGGCUCGGACAAAUUCACUCUUGGUGUUGGAUACCUUAUUCUCAUAGGGGUAAUUGGAGUGGUACUGUUGUAUUUUGUGAUCGGUGCCUUGAUAAUGAAAUAUUGUAAAAAGGCGACGGGUCGGGAAAUCAUUCCAAACAGCUCUUUCUGGUGCGGUCUUCCUAGCAACAUCAAGAGAGGCUGUAUGUCAAUGUGCGGACAGAGCUAUGAGAAAAUGUGAUAAACCGGUUUUAUGCUUAGAUGCACUUGAACACCACUAUGUACAAUUUAUAAAAAGUGCGGUUUGUUUGUAAUACUGAGAUUUUGUUUCACUACAGGUUUGUUUGUAGUAUACAAUGUACAUAAAUGUUUAGUUAAACUACAGUUUUAACAAUGUACAUAAAUGUUUAGUUAAACUACAGUUCUUUUUGCAAUAUACAUUAACAUGCUUUGUUUGUUAAACUGAUAAACGUUAUUUAAACCACAGUUCAGUUUUUAAUAUACAUAAAUGUGUUGUUAUAGUUUUGUUUGUAAUAUACAUUAACAUUUUCUUA